AAGUUGACACGGAAUGUUAAUUACAAAGUUAAAUAAUUGGCUUUUAUAUUGUCACAGCUGAAAACUCCUAGUUUAAAUAAUGUGUGUAAAAUAAUAAUAAAUGAUCUAUGAUACACCCUAAUUCAGUAUUUAUUCACAGAACGUGGCUCUAUAAGAAUGGUUAAACAGACUCUUAACUCCACACUGGACUCAGAUCUGCCUGAUGUCACAUCACUGAACUUACUGGAUCGAGAAUCCACUCCUAAGAAUAAAGCACACACUCCAGAGUCUCCCAAGGACCCUAUGAGAAAAGUAUGUGUUCAGUCCCUUAAAAAGAGGGUCACUGCAGUGUCUGCAGAAAGGAACAGAGUCAGGAUGGAGAGAGGGGGGGCACCUUUGGGAUUCCCCGACUCUGUGUACUUUCAUGCUGCAGCUAUUUUCCAGAAAAAUCAUGUGGAGAAAGACCUCGCACACAGACUCAUUCGCUAUGGGCACAUCAGUCCCGGUGGAGAUGAUGAUGAUGAUGAUGAUGAUGAUGAUUCUGGGAUUGUCGACGACAGUGAUGCCAACACCAAGCAGAAUGAGCACUGGGCAUAUGAGCUGGCAUUUAACACCCUGAAAUACCAAGAUCUACUGGAGGAGAUCCUGACUGACAGCUACUUUUACCGUUCUCAGCAAAUGCCAGAUGACCUCAUGGCUCUUGUGAUGGUCGUACUCUAUGACCUCCUGGACAGGAAGUUCGAGCCCAGAGAGCCAAUCAAAAGAGUAGAGGAAGGACUUAUAAAAGAAGUGAGACAGGUGGAGGACAGCCUUUAUAGGUUCAAGACCAAACUGGAAGCCUCACUGGCUCAGUGCAGAAUAAAGCAGAAUUUGCUGACAAUUGACAGUUACCUGCCUCCAGCUGUGAGGGCUAAACAACAAAGAUCACAGACAGUACCGAUCUAUGCCUGGGUCAACACCCUCAAAGCCAGCAUUGAAAACGUGUGUGAGACUCUGCGGACAUCGGGCUUCACUCAGGUCGAUUCACACAUGCACCUGGUGGGAAAUGUGUUCUGUAAGGACAAACACUGUUCUAAUGUCCUGCUGUUUCCCAGAAGGCUUACAAAACAACUGGAGGAAACCAAACUAGUGACAGAACACACACUCAUAAUACAGGAUAAAUCUCGCAGUCUGGCUGCAUGUGCGGUUGCCCCGCUGUUGGUGGAGGGUGGUGACGUUCUGAUGGUGGGGUCUUUCUCUGCUUGGACUGUGGCUCAUGUGGCUCUCCGGGCCACUGCCUGUUCUGGCUGUGUACAUGUAUGUGGGGUCCUUAAUGUCUCCACCUUCAACAAGGAAUUACAAACUAUCCUCACCUCUACUGGCUGCAAAAAUGUGAAACUGAUGUCUGAGUACUUCAAUGAGCUUAAUGAAUGGGAUAUGCGUAUUCAGAAGGUUCGGGUGAUUGUGUUGCUCCCACGGUGUUCUGUCUCAGCGCUCUGUAACCCUGUUGAGUUUAUUCUCAAUGAGAAUGGAGACAGAGGGCUGUUGCAUGGCCUAUCUAAAGGAACCAUCUCUGACAGUAAACUGAAGCCACUGGUUGCUAAGCAGACACAAGACCUCAAACAUGCACUUAACUUUCCUAAAGUGAAAGGCGUGGUGUACUGCACAUGCUCAGUAUAUCCAGAGGAGAAUGAACAACUUGUGAAGAGAGCGCUUGAAAAUGCAGAAAGCAAAGCAAAAGCUUUGCCCUUCAGGCUGGUCAGUGCAGGAUGGGAUGAUGAGAAAGAGAAGUUUUUCAGAAUUGAAUCAUCUGACGUCACAAAUGGCUGUUUCCUCUGUGUGAUGAAAAGAGAGCAUGACCCAGCAGAGGCAGAAACUGUGCAGGACAUUUUGGCUCGAGCUCUUGCUAAAGGUUUGUUGGGGGGGCUGACGCCUCCUGACCCCCUGAAUGGAGAGAAACCGAAAAAGAGGAAAAAACAAAAGGGAUCCACAUCAAUUGUUCCGCCUUCCUCUCUUAUUGAGCCUCCUGCAUCAGUGAUGAUCAGUCUGAGUCCUCCAGCUGUCAGUGUCAGUCAGACAGCAGCCGCUCCAAAACACACUUCUAGAGUCCUGACUGACAGUUCCACAAUACUAGAUCACACUUCACUCACUAAAAGUCAAACUUCCACAUUUAUGGAUGCCACAUUUAGCACUACAAAUCAUUUGAGUCUUCUAGACCCAUCGGACAACCAGUCUUCCGUUGUGCUAAAGAAGCGACCAAAGGGUCAUAAGCCUCAAGCUAAAGUUGCUAAGCAGUCUGGGAGAAAAAAGAGGUCUAAAUCCCACACUCGUAAAGAACGCCAGAGCAGGUCUCGACCUCCACGCAAGAGACUCCUGCACCUUCGGCCGUCUCAACACGCCACUGUUAACUCCAUUAAACCAACUCCACCUCAGACCAAACCUGCUGCCAUCAGAACCCCAGCGUCCCCGUAUAGAUCCAGACAUCUGCACAGCAGAGCCACGUCUCAACGAGAAUCUGUUAAACCGGAAAAGGAAAUGGUCAAAUCAGAGGCCUGCGAGCCUUACAGGGAGGAGACCCGGUCAAGAGAGCUCAGUCUCCCUCACGUUUAUCCGCUCAGUCCUUCACACCUCUCUUCGUCCCCAUACUCCUCCAAUUUCUCCAGCAGUCUUUCCUCUUCCAGCAGUAUUGCCAAAGGCAGAGACUCCAUCAUUUUACGUUCACAGACAUGGCGCUGAGUUACAACCUGUUGUUCAUACAUACACAUCCUGUGUGCUUCCAUACUAAAGAAGAGUUGUGGUAAACAAUGUGUGCAGAUUAAGGCAA